CCUGUUUGACAAGAUGGCGUCCAGCAGAACUAAGUGUUAGCAGAGUGUCUUUGUUGUGUUUUUAACGUGUGAACAUGUCUAAAGUCCAAAUGCUGAGAUCGCUGGUGAAGCAGCGACUAACUGCGGCUGCUGAAGAGAUAUUUGGGCUGUUUGAAAGAACGAUAGCAGAGUACGAGGAGGAACUUUGUCGAUCAAAAGAGGAGAACGAGCGACAACGGAAACUACUGGACGCUGUUUUCAACCCUCAGCUUCGGUUACACAGAGCAGACAUCCAGCAGCUGUUGGUGGUUAAAGAAGAGGUUCCCUCUGAGCAGCAGGAGUGGAGCUCCAGUGUGGACCAGGAGGACCCUGAGCCUCCACACAUUAAAGAGGAACAGGAGGAACUCUGGAUCAGUCAGGAGGGAGAGCAGCUUCAAGGGCUGGAGGAGGCUGAUAUCACUGAGUUCACAUUCUCUCCUGUCCCUGUGAAGAGUGAAGAUGAAGAGGAAGAACCUCAGUCCUCACAGCUUCAUCAAAGACACACUGAACAGGUGGAAACAGAAGCUUAUGGAGAGGACUGUGGAGGACCAGAACCAGAUGCAUGUUUACAGCCAUAUACUGACAAAAAGGCUGGAGAUUCUCCUGAACCUGAGACUGAUGUCAGUGAUGACGAGACAAUUGAAUAUCAGUCAGUUUUGAAUUCUCUGAAAAAUAAUGAAGUCUCUGUCAGCGAUUGGAGAUUUACUGCUGGUAAGAAACCAUUUAGCUGCUCCGAGUGUGGGAAAAGAUUUGGCCGCAAGCAAGAGCUGAAGAGACACAUGAGCACUCAUACAGGAGAGAAACCAUUCAGCUGCUCAGUUUGUAACAAAUCUUUUACACAAAGUGGACAUUUACACAUACACAUGAGAGGCCACACAGGAGAGAAACCAUUCAGCUGCUCUGAAUGUGGGAAAAGAUUUGGCACCAAGACACCUCUGAAGAAACACAUGAGCACUCACACAGGAGAGAAACCUUUCAGCUGCCCAGUUUGUAGCAAAUCUUUUACAGAGAGUGGAAAUUUACAGAAACACAUGAUAAUUCACACAGUGGAGAAACCAUUUAGUUGCUCCGAGUGCGGCAAAAGAUUCCCUCGCAAGGGAUACUUAGCUCAUCACAUGAGAACCCACACAGGAGAGAAACCCUUCAGCUGCACUGUUUGUCACCAAAGAUUUACCUGGCUUACACAACUCAGAAUUCAUCAGUGUGUUGGGUGUCAGUCCUCACAGCCUCUUCAAACUCAGGCUGAUGAGAUAAGAGAGGCAGAGCCUCCAGCCAGCAGCUCAGCUGAACAGAUGGAAACAGAAGCUGAUGGAGAGGACUGUGGAGGACCAGAACCAACCAGGAACUCAGAUCCAGAUACACAUUUACAGCCUGAGACUGAUGACAAGACUGGAGACCCUCUUGACCCUGAUAAUAAACGCUAAUGAUGAGUGGAAGGAGACCAGAGAACCUCAGUCAGCUUUUAACUCUCUUAAAAAUGAUAGUUCCAGCACAUCAUAUGACAUUAACAAUAAACAGUUACAUUUUAAGUGUGGUAAAAAAGUUUGUCAUGGGAGUCUGAGAAGACAUAUGAGGAGUCGUACAGAGAGAAACUAUUUAGUUGCUCACUUUUUGAUACCUUUAAAAGGAAAACUGAGUUUGUCACUGUUGUGGUUUUUGUGAACCUGAGUGAUGUUAUUUCAGUUAGAAUGAAGAGUAAAGCUCUUUAACCACUAUAGACAACAAAUCAUGUAUUAAAUCAGAUGUUUCAUCAAA